AUGGAAAACCUCGAGCAGAUCAACAAGCUCACUGGUGGCCUUCGCCACCUUCGUCUUCGCGCGGCUGACGAACAGGAAAAGUACUCGGUCCCCGUCGAGACGGUUCCUCGUCCGGGCUUCAACACUACCGGCAAAGAAAUCGAAGUCUCCAUGAACGCAUACCCCAUCGUCAAGUUUCCCAACAAGAACGUGUAUCAGUAUGAUGUCCAAGUUGGCUCCGGCGCUGAGAAGAACAUCGUGAUCAAAAAGGUCUGGGACUCAAAUGCCAGAAAAAAUGCCCUCAAGCAGAUCGUUUUCGAUGGUCAGAAACUUGCAUGGUCCAUGAAUGAAUACAAACAAGGCCUGAAUGUCAUGGUUGACCUUGAUCACGAGCAAAACCGUCGUCCCAAUACCAAGGCCCCAAAUACCUUCCGUUUGCUUGUGCGCCCGACCAAGACUGUCAACUUGGCGGUUCUCAACGCCUGGCUCUCGGGCAAAACUUCGAUGACCGAGGCUGUUUUGGAGGCUCUGAACUUCCUUGAUCAUGUUCUUCGGGAAUUUCCCAGCACCAAGUUCCUUGCGCUCAAGCGUUCCUUUUUCGAUGCCAACGGAGACAACAAAGACUUGGGCAAUGGUGUUCUUGCCUUCAAGGGUGUUUAUCAGGCUAUCCGACCUGCUAUUGGACGUGGCCUGGUUGUGAACAUCGACGUUUCCAACUCUUGCUUCUGGGCACGAAUCUCUUUCAUGGGUGCUGCGAUGGCGGUGCUUGACUGCCGCGACCACCAACAUUUGGCACAUGUUCUGAAGCCCGUUCCUGACGGUCAUGGCGGGGUCACCGAGUCCACUCAAUUUUUCGAGGUCCAUCGGCGCUUGAGAAAGCUUCAGGUGCAACCUCAUUAUCGCGGCUGUCCUGUUCAGGGUACCAACUUCGUCGUGAAGGGUUUGAUCAACGGAAACGCCCGGCAGUACCUUAUCGACAUCAAGGACAAAGCAACCGGUAAAACCGAAAAGAUCAGCAUUGAGACUUACUUCAAGAGAAAGUAUAAUCUCACCCUCACCAACUGGGACCUUCCCAUUGUCGAGAUGACCAAGAAGGGAGUCAUCUAUCCAAUGGAGGUCCUUACCAUUCAUGGACUUCAGAAGUACCCCUGGAAACUCAACGAAUAUCAGACGUCCCAAAUGAUCAAGUAUGCGGCUGCGAGGCCCAGCGACCGUCUGCAAUCCAUUCACAAGUCCAAGGCCAUGCUCGAUCACGAAGCAGAUCCUGUUCUCAAAACAUUCGGACUUCAGAUCGACCAAAACAUGAUUCGCACCAAGGCCCGACUGUUGCCAAACCCUGAUAUCCAAUUUGGUGGCAAUCAACGCCAUAAUCCCGGCACCAAUGGUCGCUGGGACCUUCGGGGCAAAAAGUUCUAUCAGCCCAACAAGAGACCUCUCGAGUCCUGGGGUGUUGGGUUCUUCGCCGGCAAGCGCAAUGCGGUGAACAGAACUCAGGUGGAAACAUUCGUUGAUGGAUUCAUGAAAACUUACGCUGGUCAUGGAGGUCAAGUCCCGCAGCGUCCAAUUAUCGUCGAGCUCAAGGAGGACAUUGGUGAGGCGAUCAAGAAACUUUACAAUUCAACCGGUGUCAAGUUCCAGAAGGACCCCCAGAUCCUACUUAUUGUGGUUCCUGAUAAGAACUCGUUCACCUACACCCGGAUCAAGAAAUCGUGUGACUGUCGCUGGGGCGUGCCUUCUCAGGUCAUGCAGUCGCUGCAUGUGGCAAAGGCAAACCCGCAGUACAUCUCCAACGUCCUGAUGAAGGUCAACGCGAAGCUUGGGGGUACGACCGCUCGGAUUAUCACCAAAACCCCUGAGGCUUCCCUUAAGCCUAUGUCAAUGAUCAUUGGAGCUGAUGUAACACACUCUCCUCUUGGUGUGUGGUCUCCGUCCAUGGCCGCUAUGUCCGUGUGCAUGGACACCUUUGGGGGUCGCUAUUGGGGCGCCUGCGAAGCGAACGGAGACCGCAUCGAGAUCAUUGCUCGUGCUAACAUGGAGAUCAUGCUGACCCCGCUUAUCCGCGAAUGGAUGUCUACUGUCGGUCAAGGACGUGCGCCUGAGCGUGUGUACUACUUCCGAGACGGUGUGUCGACUGGCCAGUUCGAGCACGUUCUCAAUGAUGAGGUCUUCACUAUGAAGUCUAUCUUUAUGCAGCUCACUCAGGAUCAGUGGAAAGGAAAGUUCACCGUCGUGAUUGCAAACAAGCGUCAUCACCUCAGGGCGUUCCCCCGAGCUGGUGACCGCAACUCCGCCGAUAAGAAUGGCAACCCUCUCCCUGGCACUCUCAUCGAAAAGGACGUCACCAGUCCUCAUGAUUGGGACUUCCUUCUGUACUCGCACAUUGCUCUUCAGGGAACAUCUCGUCCAGUCCAUUAUCAUGUCAUCUUGGACCAGAACAAGCACCGUGCCCAGGAGCUGGAGAACAUGAUCUAUGAUCACUGCUAUCAGUACAUGAGGUCGACCACCUCGGUCUCAUUGUUCCCGGCUGUUUAUUAUGCUCAUCUGAUCGCGACGCGCGCCAAGCAUCACGAGGACGUUCCUGCCAGCUCUGGCCCUCAGAGUGGCCCUGAAGUCAAGUUGACCAACCCGAAGCCAAAGAACAAGCCAAUUGACCCGCGCUUGUUGCCCAUCCAUGGAACCUCCAACAGACUGCCAUUUGGAAUGUGGUACAUCUAG